CAGGCCCUUGGAGUUGGCAGUGUUACUUUGCAGGGCGAGGAUCACUGGCAAGGCUUUGGAGACAUCAGCCUGUGAGAAAAAGGUAUCUAUGCAACUAUGGAUGACACAAGAACUUCACUUGAUAUUAAAGAGUACCCUGAUACUGAGGCACAGAAGAGUUCCGUACUAACCCUGAGAGAAUGGCAAGAGAAGUGGGAGACCCAUCAAAUUGCAUUUCACAAAGAACAAGGACAUCAGCUAUUAAAGAAGCAUCUGGAUCAUUUUCUUGAAGGCGAGAGUGGACUGAGGGUAUUUUUCCCUCUUUGUGGAAAAGCAGUUGAGAUGAAAUGGUUUGCAGACCGGGGACACUUUGUAGCUGGUGUAGAAAUCAGUGAACUUGCUAUACAAGAAUUUUUUGCAGAACAGAAUCUUUCCUACUCAGAAGAACCAAUUACCGAAGUUGCUGGAGCCAAAAUAUUUAAGAGUUCUUCGGGGAACAUUUCACUGUACUGUUGCAGCAUUUUUGAUCUUCCCAGGACAAAUAUUGGCAAAUUUGACAGGAUUUGGGAUAGAGGAGCAUUAGUGGCCAUCAACCCAGGUGAUCGCAAACACUAUGUGGAUGUAAUGUUGUCCCUGAUGAAAAAUAGGUUCCAAUACCUCCUGUCUGUCUAUUCUUAUGAUCCAACAAAACAUGCAGGCCCACCAUUUUAUGUUCCAGAUGCUGAGAUUAAAAUGUUACUUGGUUCACAAUGCAGGAUUAGUUGCCUAGAGAUGGUCGAUGCUUUUGAAGAACGACAUAAAAGUUGGGGAAUUGGCUACAUGUUUGAGAAACUAUAUCUCCUUACAGAAAAGUGAAAAUAUCAAAAUGUUUGUGAGCAAUUAAAAUUAUGUUAAUGUUUGAAAAUGUAAUGAAUGAAUUUUUAAUUUUUCCUCAUGCAUCAUAUAAGACUUUGUUCAAAAUGUAACUUUUUAUAUGAAAUCACAUACUAAAGUGUUAAAGUAAUCCUUUGAAGAGGAAUAUAUGAUUAGGGGCAAAACAUUAAAUUUUUGUGAGUCUUCCAUGCAGAUGGGGAGAACUUUUAUAUGAUUAUAUAUUCUGUAAUUAAAAAAAAGAAAAAUGAAAUGCUUAUAACUUAAAAUAUAAAAAAGUCACUAUGAAAUUUAGAAUCACUCAAGACGUGUAAUAUUUUAAUGGGAUUUGAGUAAACAAACUUAUUAAAGAUUAGCUUUUAUUGUAAACUAGUAAAAAGUCCUAGCACCCCUUUUCAUGUUUUCCCCACAUGUAAUUUUAUAUGUAACAGA